AUGGAUGAAGUGUCCCCCGAGCAGUUUGUUACAUUGAGGCCACUAGGCCACGUCGAAAAAUACUCGACGACACGGAGUCACCUGGGAAUAUAUAACAAUGUUGGACUGACAGCGCGAUACAAAUGGUCAGUCGCACUACCAGCAUCAGUCAAGUCGACUCUCUUUCAUGCUCUUUCCAAACUCAUUUACAAUCACCCAAUAUUAUCGGCCGUUCCAUUGGGCAUCGAGACAACAAACCCUUACUUCGUGCGACUUCCGGAGAUUUGCCUCGACGAUAUUGUCACAUUCGUGAACAAAGAUCUUGACCCUGCAAGUCCACGUUGGAAGGAGGCUCUCGACAAGACGCUGGAAGAGCAACAUAAUCGUCCCUUCCGUUUUGAUCACAACAAAGCCCUUCCUUUCUGGAGAAUGCUUAUUCUGGAGACCACAAAGGCACCCAUGGCUUUCACUCUUGUGUUCGUAUUCCAUCAUGCACUCAUGGAUACAAAAAGUGCACUUUCUUUGCAUGAAGAGCUGGAGGCGCACAUGAGUGAAAUCAACAACCUCGUUAGCAUUGUUGACCCACCGCGAACCAUCAAUUCCCCAUCCUGUGAAUUGAUUCCUCCCCUAGAGGAUCUGUAUACUCUCCAUAUGUCUCGAGAAUUCAUAGAAUCCCAGGAGAAGUACAGUGAGCCUAGUCCCGACAGCUGGACAGGAAGUCGGCAGACCAUACCAGUGACAACUCGUUUUGAAUCUUUAUGGCUUUCCGUGUCUCAGACAAAGGCUCUUGUGGCACUGAGUAAGAAGGAAGGCUCAUCGGUCACUGCAGUCCUCCAAACCCUUAUCGCAGACUGCCUUUUUUCAAACCUGCCACCAGAAUAUAACACCCUUCAAGCCGACUGCGCAGUCUCAUUACGGGGAUUUCUCCCGUAUCCAGUCACAGCAGCAACUCUGGGCUGCUACGUUGGAUCAGUAUCCACUGUAUAUCACCGAGCACCCUUUGACUGGCACGAAGCUCGCCGGACCAAAGCAGUGAUCAAUCACGCCAUGGCGCAAAAAGGAGGUGAUAUGGCUGUUGGAUACUUGAGAUUCAUUGAGAAUCAGCACCACUGGAUGAUGGGAAAGUUAGGUCGAAAACGAAUGGCUGCCUUUGAGUUGUCCAACGUCGGUGUGGGGUCUCCUUUGCGCAAGGAAUCGUGCUUCGAGGUUGAAGACAUGCUAUUCAGUCAGAGCUCCAGUGCCUGUAGCGCCGCGAUCAAGAUCAGUGCCGUGACAGGCCGAGAUGGCCAAUUGGCCUUGGGAUUUACUUGGCAAGAAGGGGUCGUAGACGAUGAGCUGAUUGGCUUGGUUUCUCUUCAUCUCAAAAACGCCUGCGAUCCCGCCAGGUGGAAAUGA